GCCCCGAUGCGAUGAGACAGAGAGCGAACCCAACCCCAUCAACCUCCCGAUUCAUCUCUCCUCAACUCCGCCUUUCCCCACUCUCACUUGGCCCUGCCCCCACCGCCCAGCCAGCCGCUCUCGCUCCAUCCACCUGUAGGCUGUAGCUGCUGAUGCCCCCGGCCAGCUCUAUAUAUACGCCACACUUCUUCCCCCACAUGCACUUGCGCUUGCUACCCUGCACUACAAGUGUACACCUCCCCUGUUUCUCCCGCGCACCUCUGUUUCUUCUUCGUCCCAGAGCGUCUCUGCUCCUAUACUCUCCUCUCGAUCGCGCGUACCAUAUUUGGCACCACUAGCUAGCUCGCAGCAUCAACCAUGGUGGUUCUCGCGAGCACGCCGGCCGUGGACCAAAUCCCGCUCCUCCGUUCCCCGGACCCGGGGGACUACUUCGCGGGCAUGCCGGUCGUGGACCUGUCCAGCCCCGGCGCGCCCAGGGCCAUCGCGGACGCGUGCUCACGCUUCGGCUUCUUCAAGCUCGUCGGCCACGGCGUGCCCCUGGACGCCAUGGAGCGGGUCGAGGCCGAGGCCGUGCGCUUCUUCGCGCAGGCCCAGGCCGACAAGGACCGGGCCGGGCCGGCCUACCCGUUCGGGUACGGCAGCAAGCGCAUCGGGCUCAACGGCGACGUCGGGUGGCUCGAGUACCUCCUCCUCGCCGUCGACGACGCCUCCCUCUCCGCCGCAUGCCCCGUCCCGUCCCGCGCGGCCUUUCGGGCGGCGCUGAACGAGUACAUCGCGGCGGUGCGCAAGGUGGCUGCGCGGGUGCUGGAGGCGAUGGCGGAGGGGCUGGGCAUUGCGCCGGUCGACGCCCUGAGCGCCAUGGUGGCGGCGCAGGGCAGCGACCAGGUGUUCCGGGUGAACCACUACCCGCCAUGCACCGCGCUGCAGGGCCUCGGCCACAGCGCCACCGGCUUCGGCGCGCACACCGACCCGCAGCUCAUUUCCGUCCUCCGCUCCAACGGCACCUCCGGCCUGCAGGUCGCGCUCCACGACGACGGGCGGUGGGUCUCCGUGCCUUCCGACCGCGACGCGCUCUUCGUCAACGUCGGCGACUCCCUGCAGGUGCUGACCAACGGGAGGUUCAAGAGCGUGAAGCACAGGGUGGUGGCCAACAGCCUCAAGUCCAGGGUCUCCAUGAUCUACUUCGGAGGGCCGUCGUUAGGGCAGAGGAUCGCGCCAUUGCCGCAGCUGCUGGGCGAGGGAGAGCAGAGCCUCUACAAGGACUUCACGUGGAGCGAGUACAAGAAGGCUGCCUACAAAUCAAGGCUCGGUGACAACAGGCUGGCCCACUUUCACAAGCACCAGGCAUGA